AUAAUGUUAAAAUGCAACAGUAAACAGUUUGUGCGAAGAGUUUAUAAAGUACACACGUGCCUUUUGAUUAUAUCAAAAUGAUAGCUGCAUUUGUAAUUACGAUAGCCACUGCCUACGCAUUAUUUAUGGUAAUAUCGGUUGUUGUAUUGUAUAGGCGUCGCCAAAAGGCAAAAGCAAAUGUUGGCUAUGUUAUUAGCCGAAACCCAGCACCCCCUUUAGCCAAUCAGCCAAAUCAGCAAUAUGUUUACCAAGUGCACACCUAUAAUGGGCAGCAACAGCCAAAUUCAUGGCAGACGCCAGUUCAUGCAGCACCCGUUGCUAAUGCUGAGCCGAGUGUUUUGCCAGACACUGUAAAGCAGCAAACCACUGAACAAACUCAUGCAGGCGCUGUAGAAACUAUUAGCCAAGUUUAACCAU